AUGUUGAGAGAUUCAGAAACCAGUGAAUCAGUUGCGCCCUCCAUCCAAGAUAGUUCUAGCGAUAAUGACGAGAACUAUGAAGUUUUCAGCAGUCAAAUAUACGCACCGUACGAAGACGAACCACUUGCUGACGAACGUGAAGACAGCAAUGAAGAAAAUGAAAGCGAUCUAGCAGAUGAACACGCCGAUAUCGAUGGCCUUACACCUUCAGUAUUGGAAGCACGAUAUGAAAAUACUGUAUCAGUUGAAUCCUGGUAAGUAUUGAGAUAUAUUUUUUAUGAAAAUAUAUAUUUUAUCGAUCAUGUUGAUAUAUUAAUUAAAAUAAUAACCCAGUUUCGGACUAUGUGGCAUGUGAUGUGUAUUAAACAUAUUUACCAUUUUAACAACUCAAAUUUAUACUCGGAUUGUCAUUUUAUAUACAUACAGGUGCAAAUGUCAACAAUGUCAUGCUGAAACUUUAGUGGGGGCUCUGGAAUUUCAUUGCUGUCGAGAAGUUGUUGAUGUACCAGGGAACAUGGCCUUUGAUGGCUCUAUUGAAAAGAUCAACUGUAUCACAGAGCAUGAUGACUAUGGAGCUAUGAUUAUAAUCGUGCAGUAA